AUGGAAGCCGCAUCUCGCCUCGCCUUGAUGGCCAUCGUCACCCGGGCAGGAAGCCCGCAACAGCAGCUACGGCAACAUCUACAGCAGCAGCGCGUGCCAAAGCAGCAUCAACAGCAGCACCGAGACGAAAAGGCGGCGUGGAAACAUCUUCACCAUCCGCUGGUAACAGUCGUCGAGUAUGACGUUGAAGCGCAGGCGGGUCUAGGUGCAAGAGAAGCAGCAGCAGCAGCAGCAGGGGAGGGGAAGAGAAUGUUGGGGAACCUGGGCCACCACCACUACCACCAGCAGCAGCGUUCCUCGGGACGGGGACGUCGGGGGAGCGCGGGGAGUUCGAGCUCGCGGUCGAGUGACGGGGAGAACGGUGCGAUGGCUGCGCGAGGCGGAUUGGAGGCCGUUGCGUGGUGGAUUCUGAUGGGGUUGGAGUUGUGUGUCGUUGGCGGCGUUGAGGGCUGGAUCAUUUACAUGGUCUACAAUGCCGGCGGUGAUUUUGCGAUUUGGAACUGGUUAUCCCAGUUCGCGUCGCCUGCCCUGAUGAUCCUCCUCAGCGUCUCCCUCUCGGCGGCCCUGCUACGCGGGGUCGGCUGUCUGAAUAGGCUUGGGGAUUUGGGGUUCCAGGCGGCCGGUCUGGUGCUGGCCACGUUUUGCACCGUCGUAGUGUGCGCUGGUGUGAGUGGUGUUGAGGAGGGGCAGGGGGAGAACGGCGACAGGUUGGAGAAGAAGGGGGUGCGGGUCGUCGUCGGGUUGGCUGUCAAGAUGUGGUUCCUCUUCUUCAUUGGCUUCCUGUGUGCCGUGUUCCAGUGGUACAGCGAAGACCGGCAGAGAACAACAACAUCUACGACGAACCAGACGCCGCUACUACCAAAGAAGGGGAAGAAGAAGGAGAGGGGCUACGGCACUGCCACGGGCGGAUUGGCGACCGUCGACGAGACGGUUGAGGGGUUUGUGAGCGACCUAUGA